GCCAAUCGCGUCAGGGGGAGUGCGCGCUGGUGCACUUUUAACCGGAGAGUAGGAUCUCCUCCUGUCUGAGAUUUUUCUCAUUUAUACCUGGCCGACCACUUUUGUCACCGAUACAAAUGUGUACCCUAAAAGAGCUGUGCGCAGGAUUACCGGUCAAUCCCCUGCCCCCAAACAGAGGAAGGGAUAGCAGGGUACCGCACGCACCGGUCAGGACCCCAAAUCUGAACCCUCAGGAGCAGAAGGUUGCCCUCCGCAAUGCCCUGCGCUACUUCCCGCCCGGGACCCACGCUGUUCUGGCCCCCGAGUUUGCUGAAGAGUUGCGGCUCUAUGGACACAUUUAUAUGUACCGCUUCUGCCCCAGAAUUGACAUGCGGGCCUAUCCUAUUGAUCGCUAUCCAUGCAAGACCAAGCAAGCUGCAGCUAUCAUGCACAUGAUCAUGAACAACCUGGAUCCCUGUGUGGCACAGUUUCCGCAGGAACUCGUUACAUAUGGAGGGAACGGGCAAGUGUUCAGUAACUGGGCUCAGUUCUGGCUGGUGAUGAACUACCUGGCGGAGAUGACUGAAGAGCAGACGUUGGUCAUGUACAGCGGCCAUCCUCUGGGCCUCUUUCCAAGCCAUCCCAAUGCCCCCAGGGUGGUCAUCAGCAAUGGAAUGGUGAUCCCUAAUUAUUCAUCGAGAAGUGAAUAUGAGAAGAUGUUUGCCAUGGGAGUCACAAUGUAUGGACAGAUGACUGCAGGAAGUUACUGUUACAUUGGACCACAGGGAAUUGUUCAUGGGACGGUGCUGACAGUAAUGAAUGCCGGGCGCCGGUAUUUAGGCUCCAGUGAUCUCAGUGGGAAGGUGUUCGUCACCGCUGGUCUUGGGGGCAUGAGUGGUGCCCAGGCUAAAGCAGCAGUCAUCGUUGGGUGCAUUGGUGUCAUUGCAGAGGUGGAUGAUGUGCCGCUAAAGAAGAGGCUCGAUCAAGGCUGGCUGAUGGAGGUCACUGCAGAUCUGGACAUCUGUGUUCAGAGAAUCCGGGAAGCCAGAAAGGAAAAGACCAUCCUCAGCUUAGGCUACCAUGGGAAUGUGGUGGACCUCUGGGAAAGGCUGUGGGCACAGUGCGAGGCUAAUGGAGAGCUACUGGUGGACUUAGGUUCUGACCAAACAUCCUGUCACAACCCCUUCAGUGGUGGUUAUUUUCCAGUGCAGCUGACCAUUGUAGAGUCUGAGGAGAUGAUGCAUGAAGAUCCAAAGAAAUUUCGCAGCCUGGUGCAGGAGAGUCUCCGGAGACAAGUGGCUGCCAUUAAUAAACUGUCCACCAUGGGCAUGUUCUUCUGGGAUUAUGGCAAUGCUUUCUUGCUAGAAGCAAAGAGAGCGGGUGCGGAUGUGGAGAAGGGUGGUGCGGGCACCACGGAGUUCAAGUACCCUUCAUACGUCCAGCAUAUCAUGGGAGACAUAUUCUCGCUGGGGUUCGGGCCAUUCCGCUGGGUGUGCACUUCUGGGGACCCCCAGGACCUUGCUGUGACUGAUGCCAUCGCGGCUGCCGCUUUACUGGAGAUCCGUGGAAGAGAAGUGUCCAGCACAGUGAGGCAGCAGUACAGCGAUAACAUCCACUGGAUCAAAGAGGCUGGCAGACACAAGCUGGUGGUGGGCUCGCAGGCUCGAAUUCUAUAUUCAGACCAGAAGGGUCGUGUCUCCAUUGCUCUGGCCAUCAAUCAGGCUGUGGCGGACGGCCGGAUCACGGCCCCAGUAGUGGUCAGCAGAGACCACCAUGACGUCAGUGGGACAGACAGCCCCUUCCGAGAAACUUCCAACAUCUAUGAUGGAUCGGCCUUCUGUGCAGACAUGGCCGUUCACAACUUUGUAGGGGAUGCCUUCAGAGGAGCCACCUGGGUCGCUCUUCAUAACGGAGGGGGUGUUGGAUGGGGUGAAGUCGUGAAUGGUGGGUUUGGUCUGGUUUUGGACGGCUCUGAAGCAGCAGCCAAUCGGGCCAAGAUGAUGUUGAACUGGGAUGUGGCCAAUGGCGUGGCACGACGCUGCUGGUCAGGAAAUGAGCAUGCCUACAACACAAUCCAGCAGACUAUGCAGGAGCACGCCGGCCUACGUGUCACUCUGCCUCAUAAAGUGGAAGAUGAUGCCAUCCUGGAUGUAGCCCUCCACUUCUGAGGCUAACAAGAUCCUUUCUUGAUUGAGUGAAUGACAUGUGAUCCCUCUGCUCCCUGGAGUGCUUUUGCCCCUGUCGUAUGUGUGCAUGUGUCCUUCCACUGUCCUCACGUUACCAGUAUGCCCAUUACCAGCUCAAACUGCACUUUCUCAUGUGUAUUUAUGGUGACCAGUGCCCAGCUCCUCCUUGACAUGAGUUCAAGCAGACUGACAGGACUGCACUGCCACCCAUUCAAGUAAAUGAAAGGAUUCUAAACAA